AUAACAUCGUCCACACAUGAAGAUCUCGGGACCCAAAUAGCCGCAGUGUUGGAGUUCAACACAUUGGAGAACAGGGACUCAAAUGCUGUAUAGUGCAGUCCUGCCUUGAGGAGACAGAGGGUUGUUGUUGCACAAAGGAGGAACUGGUAGAAUUGACAGAGUUCUCUGGUGCUUCCUUCCCCUUAAGGGUGGGUCAUCACACCAACACACCCACCCAGCAUAAACCAAGUGUGCCUACAGGUGAACUGAACUGGUACUUCUACUUUUAUGUCUGUGGCUUAGCCUGAAACUUUUAAAUUACUGCUGUUUUGAAGAGUGGACUUGCCAUUAGUUCCAGUCAUCUGCAAAAGCUUUUCGCGUGCGGCAGCAGCGCGGGCACGCAGCUCCUGUUCCUCAGCUGUCCCCAGCUGUCCUCAGCUGUCCCCAGCUUGCCACUCCCGCCAGCAUGGCCACGGGGGCAGAGUGGAGCUGCCCCAUCUGCCGCGAAGCCUCGGGCAACAUCGCCUACGUGGGGUCCUGCCUGCACAAGUUCUGCCGGGGCUGCAUCGUGCGCUGGGCCAGGAAGAACCCGUCGUGCCCGCUGUGCAGACAGACCGUGCACACCAUCAUCUACCCGGCGCCGCCCGAGCAGGGCUUCGUGGAGAUGGCUGUGCCGCAGCCCUCCCUGCCCCGGAGCGGCGGGCCGCGGGAGGAGCCGGGCGCCGCGAGGCCGCAGCCCCAGGCCCACGUGGCGGGCUUCCCUCCUGAGACCUGGGCGCUUUUCUUCCGCAACCACGCCGAGAUCUUGCGGCCGCUGGAGCUGUGGCUGAACGAGGUGUUGUGCGGGGCCUGCUGGUGGGACGUGGCCUUCGCGCAGGGCAGGAUCGUGGCCAGCCUGUGCCGCUACGGGCUGCACCAGGAGGCCUUGAUGCGGGAGCUGCAGCCCUUCCUGCAGGAGCAGACGGCCGCCUUCGUGCGGCAGCUCAUCGAGGUGGCCGAGGACCAGUGCAGCGAGCUGGCGCUGCGGCGCAUGGAGUCGGCUCCCCGCCCCGCCGAGGGCCAGCAGAACAGCCCCGUGGCCAGCCCCGGCCAUGUCGCCUCCCCCGCCACCAGCGAGGCGCAGGAGGAGCCCCGCGAAGAGCCGGGGCAGGCCGGGGCUGAGGCUUCGGGGGCCGGGCAGAGCGGCGGCUACGCCCCCGGCGCCUCCUGGCAGCCCGGGAGGCGCAGAGGCAGCGAGCCGCAGGGCUCCGGGGCCGGGCGCAAGAAGCCGUGCCGCCGGCAGAACUAG